ACGGUAGAGUUGCUUCAUUCUCGUAUUCAUCAGCUUCUUGCCUCUCCAUAUCUAUAUAAUUAAUCUGGUUUGGAGAGUAACGUUGAUCGGCUGAUGCUUUGGACUUUGCAGACACCAUACAAGGCAUUUGCUCAAGCAGCUGAUGCGGUUACAAUUAAUUAUGUUUCAAGGUUAAUUGACUUUACCGGGCCGGUGGACGACUGGGGGCCAUACUUCAAAUUUUUCAAAAUGAAAGAAUUGCAGUUAUCGGAUCCCAUUCUCUUUCCUUCUUCUGUACUGUUCAUCUCUCGCCUUUCUGUUAUUCCUCGUUCCCCAAAUCGCAGCAGUCCUCUGAAACAGAAAGCGCAGAGUGAGUUCGGCCGCUCUUUCGUGUUUGGGCUCAACGUGGUGUUAAAGAUUUUUGAGCCGAGCUUAGUUGCAACGGCUAACUUCUUGGAGAGGACCGUGGCAUGGCGUCCCGAUAAAUCUGGAUCUGAGUGUCCAAAUUAAAAGGCCCACAUGUAGACCCGCUAGCGUGAUUUUCUUAGGAGUGCUAAGAGUGAAAUAUGGUAGAGAAGAAGACUACUUAAUUUGCAAUUUUUGUCAUGCUGUUAUUAGUAAUUGUAUAAAACCAUAAGGAAUUGAGAUGUUUUCAGGGGUUUAAAUUUGUUCCAUUUAAACACAUACUUUUUCCUUUGAGGAGGUGUGCAGGUGGAGGGGCUGGUUUUCCUUCCUGAUUUAGUAAUAUUAUUUUAUUUUGUUAACUUGACAAUAUAUGUCUCUGUUGUUUAUGCAGAAGUUUGAAGCAUAUGAUUCAAAAGGUGUUGUCAUUGCUGGAGAUAAAACCAAAGAGGUCCUUGUCCGAGAAAUCUGGGUUUUUGAGAAGUCUCUCUUUCAUUCCAAUGCUUACUGGCGUCUUUGUGGUCGAAUUAAAAUAUAAGCAAACCUUUCUUUGACUGCAAACUGGGAUCCUGUCAUAAUCACAACAAAUAAUUUUUGGUACCUGAUUUUGCAUGCAGAGCAUAUUGUAAUUUAUCUGAUCAUCAGUACAACACACAUGGUUUUCCUCCUCUUUUUUUUUUAACAACAAAUUUUGACCUGAUGG